GUCUAGAAAGUUGAAGGCCAGCAUUUGCGCAACUUUCCCCUUCCACCCCACACACUUCUAUUUUCCACACUCCCCCACUCCCACAUAAACCCUAAAAUCCUCCAAUAGCUUUCUGCCGGGGCAAGCCAGAGCAAGAAGAGAGCAGAUCAUCGCCAGCUCUACGCCUGUUUCAGAUGUUGACCUCGAGGAAGAGAUCUCUCCCCGCCCAAAUCAUAGCCGAGGGUGGCGGAGAUGCGAUGGAAUCCGUCUACGAGAAGUCUCGCAGUGAAAGGAUAAAGGAGAACAUGGAGAGGAUGAAGAAGCUGGGUAUCCUCAACCUCAAGUCCGAAAUCUGCCGCUCCUCAAAUCUAAAGCCAGUUUGUACUACUAGGGCCGGGAGGCCUUCGGCUCCGUCUCCAGCUUCGACUCCAAGACGCUCUACUAGGACCAGAAGCCUUUCAGCUCCGUCUCUAACUCCGUCGCUGAGGCGCUCCUCUAGGUUACGGAAUGUAGCUCCGGUUUGCUAUCAUGAGAAUGGAGCGGAAAGACAGAAGGAUCCUUUGGCUGAUGACAGUUCGGACUUGAUCGAGGGACGUAGGGAAGAGGUUUAUAACGAAGAGCAUGAAAAGUUGCUCGGAAGUUGUGAAAUGGGCUGGACUCUCUUUGUGGAUGGUUAUGAUAAUAGCGGGAAGCGGAUCUAUGAUCAAGUGAAGGGGAAGACCUGUCACCAAUGCAGGCAGAAAACUCUUGGUCGCCAUACAAGUUGUAUGAAGUGUAACUUGGUUCAAGGGCAGUUUUGUGGCGAUUGUUUGUACAUGAGAUAUGGUGAGAAUGUUUUAGAAGUUCAGAAGAACCCCAGUUGGAUCUGCCCUGUUUGUCGUGGAAUCUGCAACUGCAGUUUCUGUAGAAUCAAGAAAGGUUGGGCUCCAACCGGCCCUUUAUACCGAAAAGUCAGAAACCUUGGACACAAAUCAGUAGCGCACUAUCUUAUUCUAACUAGGCGAGUUAACUCUGCAAACAAAGAAUACGUGGAGCCCAACUCUCCGAAGAAAUCACAGAGUUCAAUUGAUGCAGAAUUAGCUGCCAAACCUGAGACUGCUGCCAUGGAAGAAGAAGACCUGGAACAGACUGGUGGAAGCAGCAGUAAAAGCAUUGAAGCGAUUGAUGUGCUUUAUGAGAGUGAUGAUCAUAUUGUUAUCAGUAAUGUUGGUGAAGUGAAUGAGGCUACUACAGUUUUGAAAGCAGUGCGGUCUGUUUCAUAGUAUGUGAUGCUGCUGGUCUUCGGCCUUUUUGUUACUCUGCACCUUUUUGUGAUGGCGUUUUGGAAGCUGUUUUUUUUGAAAGUGCAUUCGUCGACAGGUAAAGUUUUUGUAGACUUUCUAUGUAGAGGUUGAUGAGAAAAGGACUCUGCUCGAUGUGAUUUACUGCUAUUUCAUCGCCUACUUUUGUUGUUUCAUUAUGCCAAAUUUUUUACUAAUUAUGGAAAUUC